GGUAGACGGGAGAGAACUCAGAGCGGGUUGUGUCAGCGCAGCAGCGGCUCCGGCAGAGGGAGGAAUCAAUUGGGAUACGUUGUGUUAUAUCAUUCGACUUUCGGGAAUACUUUAAUUUUCCUCUCUGAAGAUAUGAAACGAGUUGUACGGCAGAGCAAAUUCCGUCACGUCUUUGGCCAGGUGGUGAAGAAUGACCAAUGCUACGAUGAUAUCCGGGUUUCAAGGGUCACAUGGGACAGCGCCUUCUGUGCAGUCAAUCCCAAGUUUGUUGCCAUAAUUAUUGAGGCCAGCGGUGGUGGAGCUUUCCUCGUUCUCCCUCUUCACAAGACGGGACGCAUUGACAAAUCCUACCCCACAGUGUGUGGUCACACAGGCCCGGUGUUAGACAUCGACUGGUGCCCUCACAAUGACCAAGUCAUUGCCAGUGGGUCUGAGGACUGCACAGUGAUGGUAUGGCAGAUUCCUGAGAAUGGCCUCAUCACUUCUAUGUCUGAGCCGGUGGUGGUACUGGAGGGCCACUCCAAGCGCGUCGGCAUCAUCACAUGGCAUCCAACGGCCCGCAAUGUCCUUCUCAGUGCAGGUUGUGACAACCAGAUUAUCAUCUGGAACGUGGGCACAGGUGAAGCCAUGAUCAGCUUAGAGGACAUGCAUCCUGAUGUCAUUUACAACGUGAGCUGGAACCGCAAUGGUAGCCUCAUCUGCACCUCCUGCAAGGACAAGGCCGUCCGUGUCAUUGACCCCCGCAAGGAGACGAUUGUUGCUGAGAAGGAAAAGGCACACGAGGGCGCUCGACCCAUGAGGGCCAUCUUCCUUGCUGAUGGCAAUGUCCUCACCACCGGUUUCAGUCGCAUGAGUGAGAGACAGCUGGCUCUCUGGAAUGUACAAAACAUGGAGGAGCCCAUGACUGUUAAUGAGAUGGACACCAGCAACGGAGUGCUGUUGCCCUUCUACGACCCAGACACCAACGUUGUUUACCUCUGUGGGAAGGGUGACAGCAGCAUCCGUUACUUUGAAAUCACAGAUGAGGCUCCCUAUGUUCACUUCCUCAAUACCUUUUCCAGCAAGGAGCCCCAGAGGGGCAUGGGCUACAUGCCCAAGAGGGGCCUUGAUGUCAAUAAGUGCGAAAUUGCAAGGUUCUAUAAACUGCAUGAAAGGAAGUGCGAGCCAAUUGUGAUGACUGUACCUAGAAAGUCUGACCUGUUCCAGGAAGACCUGUACCCCAACACAGCUGGACCAGACCCUGCCCUGGAGGCUGAGGAGUGGUUUGAGGGUAAGAAUGGAGACCCCAUCCUCAUCUCCCUCAAGGAUGGCUACGUCCCGGUCAAGAACCGUGAAUUAAAGGUGUGCAAAAGGAACCUCUGGGACCAAAAGGUGGCCAAGAACACAGAGAACUCGUCUCCUGCCAACAAGCCUGCCUGCGAAGCUCAAUCAACUAAACCUGAAAUCGACAUGCAGGCGGUCUUGAAAGAAGUCGAAUCCCUCAAGGACCUGGUCUCCAGUCAGGAGAAGCGAAUCCUCAAACUUGAAGAGCAAAUUUCCAAAAUUGCCAUUUAAGGACCCUUUGCCGAACCCGCUACAAUUCAGGACGUACCAUUGGCUGGGGGUGGGCGGGAACAGUCACUGCCUAUCUCAAUGACAGUGUUUCGUCUGAGUCCUGCCUAGCAAUGAUCCCUAGCAACAUUCCAGAUGAACUUUUCUUAGCUGGCCCCCGACCCUCAGUUUAACACAGGUGGAAUAAGGACAUGUGGCAAAUUUAGCAGAAAAUACUCUUGCUUUGGGUGACAAAGGACUCAAUUCCUUUUAUUCUGUGGCAGUCUUUUUUAUUUUGUCUACUUGUAUAAAAAGGUCUUACAUAAUUCUUUCAUUUUAGAACAAUGACCAAGAAAACUCCAGUGUCUGCAGACCCCAUUUACUAUUGUAUAUCUAUAUAUUUUUUAAGUAGGUGUCAGUGUUUCAUGUUAGAAUUCCCCAAAAUUAUAAUGUUGCCAAAUCUGGACUUUUGUUUACACCUCCUUAACAGUAUUGUUUAUCUCUUUGUGGGAUUAUUCAAAAUGCAAACAGUGAAACUCAGUGCAGUAGACUAGUUAUGUGAGGAGGACAAUAAUUUGACCAAUUAUUCACUAUAAAAUUAUAUUAAUAAAAUUAGGUUUAUUAUCGGAAGACUGACAUUUCAAAUUCUGUAGUUAAAAGUAAAUACAUUCCAGUUUGCCACAGUCUACACCAAGCUCUCAGACACUAUAAAUGACACAUUCUUGCUGUCUGUCUUGAAGCUGCACAAAUUAGUGCCUGCUUUAUGCUCUCUUUUUUUGCUUUUCUGUUACUUUCUGUCACUCUGACCGUGGACAUAUAGUCCAUUUAAACAUGCAUUCCUUUCUACUUUGCUUCAUUAACAUGCACUCUGCACUUAUUGAAGAAAGUGACAAACACAUUCCACAAAUCUCAUUGACUCAUAGUAUGAGGAGAAGAAAAUUCCAGGUUCCUCUUUCUGUAAACGCUCUACUGUAGUGACUCAGUUACACUGGUUGGUUGUUCUUGUGAUAUUUUAUGUGCUGCCAAUGGAGAGACCAACUUUUAUUCUUUCUGCAGAACUGUUUUUGUGAGAGGUUCGGUCACCAACCUCAGUGUUUGUUGUCUGUGGGUCAACGCACAGGUGUAGUCAAGUGUAGUGGGAUUAUUUCAUGUCGCUGUUCUUUCGCAUUAUACACAUCUGGAUUUUCUGUACAAACGAAACAGGAAUAAUAUGAAAUGACACCAAAUAAUCACACAUCGACUUGACUAUUUAGAACCAGCUGGUGACAAAGCUGGAGAUUGCUGCAGAAACUGUUCAUGAUAGACCUCAAAGGCCUAAGAUUGUGUGAAUAUGUGCCUCAUGUCUUGGCCUUUUGGGUGCUUGUCACUAUGGAUGUUCCUGCUUUGCUUCUUAUUCAGGGGGUUAUGAAAUGGACUCACUGUAGAGGGUCCAAGACUUGCCUCUAAUUUGAAAGAAUUGAGUCGUUGCGUUUUCACUUUACAGUUAAUUUUAGCCCGUUCCUUGUUCCAGAUGUGCUUACAUCCCUCUUAGCACUUCCACGUCUCGGUCCUUUUAAUGGUUGUUUUUCUGACGCCCCAAUUCAACAUAGUUAAUACAAAUACAAGGAACAAUUGAAUUGUCCAAUCUGAGUCCUUUUGCUCUGAUGAAAACUCUAUUUUUUCAUGUUUUAGAUGCGUUUCCCAGUGGGAAGCUGAGACGGGUAAUGGUUCAGUCUGUUGUUUGCCUUCAAUAAUUGUUACCACUGUAAAGACCUGAAAGUGCCAUAGAAGUGACCCCGGAAGUGUUUGUAGGGAGACUGUUCUGUGAGUAGUUUUGUAUAGUAAAUGGACGAAACGAGAGGUGCCUGGCUUUAAAACCACUCUGAGGUGCUAUUCUAAAUAGAAACACUUUGUUCAAAGAAUCCUGUUCCUGAAGUACCGCAUGUCACUGAACCGAUGGCAUGAAGUCCUGCCAGAACAUCCCACAAUACACCAGGCAGCAUUUCUAGUCGGGGUUUAUUCCAAGCUUUGUAGCCCUGACGUUUUGACAUUUUCCACCUCGGUACGGGUAUCAAAACAUCUUUAAAAUGAUGUCAAACCAAGAAUCUGUUGGCUGAAUCCACAGCAAGUCGUCGUAGAAUAUCAGUGAGGAAAUGUGUGGAGUGUGACAGACAUUAUACUGCCCUAUCUGUCUCGUAUAUCAGACUGCCACUCUGGAUUCUUGAUAGCACUGUCGGCACAAGAGCAUGGUUUUGAGGAGUAGUAGUUAAUAGUGAUCCAAAGGGACUCUGUAGGUUGGAGAAAUGUGCAGUUGAAAGAUAGAUGUAUGUUUGUAAUUAAGGUCUAGAAAAUGAGUGAAAGCUGUGUAAAUAACAUGACCAUAUAUCUGGGUUUUUUUUUUUUCCAUUUUUUUGUUUUGUGGUUGUGUUGAAGAGGGUAUUUGUAUGGGAGGAGGGUUUUAAAUGUUUCCCCUUGUUUGUGUUCCUUGCACCUUGCCAUAACGCAUCAUGAGAAAAGCAGAACCUCUGUUACACUGGAGGUCAUUCAAAAAUCAAGAAAGCAAAUCAGACGAAAACAAAGCAGGAUGAAAAGCCUCACAUGGAGGUCUGCUCAGCAUAUUUGUUCAUUAUUCUUGCUUCAAGUAUCAAACAUUGAUUAUAAGAAAAAUUAAUAAAGAAUUUUUAAAAUGG